GACACAAAAACCUAAUUUACAUACUUACGCGGUUUUGUUUAUAACAACGCUGUUACGUACGAGUGUUACAUUCGCGUAACAGUAUUGAUGCAACAAUGCGGCUCAUAUUGUUCUGGACAGCGGUCGCUGUUAGUGCUGUGACUGCUCACGGAGAUGUACCAGAGGGCAUCUACAAUGAGCUCCCGUGUCUGGCUUAUGGUGGGGAAUGUUCCACGAAAGCUGAAUGUCCAGACGGAAAGCUAUCGAAAAUAAGUGGACUGUGUCCAACUCAGCAGGAUCAAGGUGUCGAAUGCUGUUAUAGGUCUCCAUCAUCCACAACAAGGUGCAAGCGUCGGGGAGGCGAAUGUAUAUCAAAAGACUCGCAGUGCCCCGAAUACCUUUUGUUAUCUGAAGCCACAGAUUGUUCUGAUAACGAGAAGUGUUGUAUAUUUGUCAAAUGAGUCAUGCCUAAGCUGUGUACGAGUAUACGUAGGAUUAGUUAAUUUGUUCUUUUUUAUCCUAAUAUAUUUAUUAAAUACAAUAAAACUGGCACGCAUAAUUAAA